AUGUUCACCCUAACUCCAAAUGUCUCGAAUUACUUCGACAUUGAGUCCAAGUUGUCUCAGGUUGACGACCUUAAAAAGAGUCUUAAUGGAUUGACUAACGAAAACAAUUGUAAAACGCUGUUAGAGAAUCUCUGCACUGGCCUCGAGAAAUUCCUCGGCUUCAACUCUGAAUCUAAAGGCUACGAUGGCACUGGGAUUGUGUACUCAGACCUGGAUAGGCUGUGUGACGCGGUGAUGGGAUUUUUGAGUGGUGUUCUCAGCAACAUCAAAGAGCAUUUAGGGCAGCAUAAAAAUACUUUAGAUGAUGCAAUUAACACUCUUAACACCAAUAAACACCUUGGUAAAAAAGGUUUUAAUGUUGCGAUUGGAAAGGUGGUCGAAGGGGUGAGAAAGUACAAUGGUUUUGUCAAGACUUCAAAUGAGAGACUCAGUGAUCCCAUUAAAGCAUUAUUAACCUAUCUGAAGACUGAAAAUAACGGUGAGUUUAUUACACGUUUUAAUGCUAUGCAGGUUGCGAGUGUAUCCGAUGACACCAAGCAAACGGACCCCGAGGUGACCAAGGCCGACAACUUAGUGACACAGUGCGUCGCAAAGGCCAAUACAUUUAAUGACACUUUUGACAUAAAUAAGCUUAAGAAAAACUUAAAAAAAGACAUUAAUGAUCUUAAUCAUAAAUUACGUGAGAGAGUGCAUAGUGUUCGUGAGACAGUUAAGUACGAGACCGACCGGUUGACUACCUUGUCCAGGAAGGAAAAGGAGAAUUACGACGCGAUUGUGAAGAUGGUUAAGAAGCUUGAAGACAUUAAAAGUUGCGUGAAAUCUAAGAUAACAGAUGAUAUUACUAAACUUGUCAACAAGCUGAAAAAAGACGUUAAACACAUUUUGAAUACGCUGGAGAGCAUUAGUAACGUCCUGGCACAGUACGUCAAGGAUUUCGACUGGUGGAUGAAGGAAACCGAUGAUGUAAUAAGACUGGCAGAAGAAAAAGUAGAGAAGAUACUGGAGGAGGUGUAUAAGGAUUCCGAUAAAAAGAAAGCAGUUAGUGCCGCGGCCAACAUGAUCAGACAGCACGCAUUCUCGCUACGCGAAGCAGGGGAUAACGCUAAAACUAAAGUCGCGGAAACUGUAAAGUUGGCGCUCCAGCAGGUGAAAUCGAUGGACGAGGCAAUUAAGAAAGAUUUGAAGACAGUGAAAGAUAACAUAAAGGCGGCGGUUCAGCAGUUGGGUACUACGUUGGUAGGGAAUGUGAAGGAGGGAUUGUGGACGAUUGAAAGUGCGAUUACUGGAGAGCUUGGUGAAAUUGUAAGCAGUUCGGGACAGUUUUUCGAGAAUUUUAAGAACAGCAGGAAUGCGCUUCAGGCGGCUAUUGGGAUUGUCAUGGAAGAUAUUUUAAACCUGGGGGGUCUUAAGGUUAAUGAAAGUAUUAAAAACGCGUACGGUGAUACGACCAUCAAAGCGCCACUUCUGCAGGUGAUUGGUCAAGGUAUGGCGUUCAGUAAGCUUAAAACGUAUUUCAACCAGCUCGAUACCGAUGUUAUGCAGAAAAUUAAAGAGGCGAUGCGGCAGAUAUCCGAGGGCAUGGAAAGUAUUGCUGGUAAUGCCUUCAGAGUUGACUUAGAAAGCUGCAUUAAUAAAGCAAGAUCUCAACUGGUUGCGCUGCAUUCAAUUGCCGAAAACCCGGAAAAAGUUUUCCAAUCUGCUACCCUUCAAAAAAAUUUGCGAAGAUAUCUGGGAGAUAAAAUGACUAUUGCUCCUCUUAACGGUAAAUUUAGCGGAUUAUCAACAGCGAUAAAAGCAGUGACUACGGAUCUCGCUGGUGCGUCAAGCAUCGACGCAUCUAAACUAAAAAAUGAUCUUAAAUCUCUGCUAUCUGAGCUCGGCAACAUCGCCCAGAUAGUCUCGUCGCACUCUGCGGAUAUAGUUAAAACCGUCAUUGAAGCAAUAGUGCGACAACUCACUACAGAGAUUGGAAACGUGAGUGAUGCGAUUAAAGACAAAGUGGAUAAAAUAAGAGAUGCUAUAACUUAUAAUAGGGAUAACAAUGAAGUUGAUUACGGCGCGCAAGAAAAAGCUAAAGGUCUUCUGAAAUUACAGAAUGUGUACGGAACAGAUAUCAAUGAGAGACUUAAAACGCUUCAAGGUACUGUAACUAACGAAGCCUUUAAGCACACAUAUUCACAACCUCGAAGUAAAGAAAAUUACGAGUUUGGUGGUACGUUCAUGGAGGAAUUCAAAACAACCUACGAGAAAAACCUCAAAGACGGCGAUUUCAAAACGGACGGUGGAACUGGUAGCAGUGUACUCGACAAGGAGAUCGGCGGGGAUAGUCUCCGAGGAGUACCGGAUGCAGCUGAAAAAAUAGCCGGAUUUGAGAAUGAUAAAUUUACGAAUUACAGAGCACAAGUUGACCAAGAUAGCCUUGCGCGUGAUGACCCUAACCAGCUAGAUGGCCAACUCCCCAAAAAGAUCAAAGCGAUCAGAGAGCAAGUGGAGGAGGCUUUGACAUCGAUACAAAGUCUCGACGAUGAAGCUCAAAAACAGCUAGAUGCAGUCAACGCCAGACUUGACGAGCUCUGCAAAGCCGUCACUGACGCCGCUGAAAAAGGCCCGGAAACCGCCAAAGGAAGGUUGACGGAGUUGAAACGAAGAAUCGGUAGAACUUUGUCCGGCGGUGUAAACAGUUUAAUGAGUCUAAAUGCUAAGCUUAAAAAACUUCAAGAUGUUGAUCUGCAAAAUGUCAUCCGUAGCGCCGAGAUGUUCCUUAAGCCAGACGCCGACAAAGCCGCAGCACACGUCAUCGACGAGCUCACCAAAGAGGUCGACGACAAACUGACGGAAGCCAAAAAAGAGCUCACCAAGCAGGCAAACACCCAUUACGUCACAACCCUGCACUACCUACUGCAACAAUUCGCCGACAAGGUGAGAGGACAGUUGGAUAAAUUGCCUGAUGCAAUCGAAGAAGACUUGACGGUCGGGUUCAAAGGUUUCAUGGGAGCUUUUCAGGGACAGAAUGGUCAAGCAGUAAAGUAUGAUAAUAUCGAGAAACUGAAAGACAUUGUCGACCGUUUCUCCAAGAAUCCCUCUGACUACAAGGAAAACUUCGAAAAGCUGGCCAACAAGUUCCAGUCUUUCUGGCAGCCACUCCACGACUACGUCACAGCGGAGAUCAAGAGAGUUCACGCAGCAAACAAAGAGCGAAAUAAUCCCAAGCCAUCUGGCGACGGACAACUAUACACCUCCAAGAUUGAUUCCGUUACUAACGAACUUAACCGCUUACUCAACCAUCUUAGUAAACAUAAUAGGUACGACUAUAAGGUACCUGAAAUGCUCGACAUCCUCUCCACAGAAGUUCACGGCCUACACCCUGAGUCAUUUUCUGAGCCGAGCACUCCGCUGCUGGAAACCGUUGCCCAUGGUUUCCGGGGUCUGGUUGACGAGCUCGGUAAGGCCUACGUCUCGGUCUACGACGGCGCUAGCAAUAUCAACUGGGAUCAAGCAAACAACCCGGAGACCACAUACUGCGCUAAAAUAUUCUUGACCGCUUUUUCCACAAUUUACGAUGCUGUGCAUGACUUGAGAAUAAAUUGCAAUAGUCUGAAGGGACACCAAAUUCACUCGUCCUCUGAUCUCGGCAGGUUGUUCCUACGGCACGGCUUCAGAGUAUCAGAGAGCGACAAACAGCACUGGGAGCUGCAAAACAAGAGCGUCAUAAACGGUGAAUACGUCGCCAACAGAAUCAGUUUUAGGGUCGACGGUGCGAAAGACAACGAUCAUCUUAAGCAGUGUGAAUCGAAUAAACGCCAGACGAACGUCCUCUUUAAUCUUUUUGAUAUUCUCGAAUGCAUUCUUUAUCACAUAGACAAGUACAACGCCAUAUGUCACAUCGCUAUACUCCCCAAACCUAGAACGCCAUGUACCGUUUUCGAGAUGCUGGUGUGGCUCUCAGGGCUAACUUACACUUCCGCGUACCAGGCGCUGCUAUCAGACGGGUUCACCAACGUGCUUGAUAAUCCGGAGAAGCCGCUUGCUGGCGACGGAGAGAUCAGCGUAUUUGACAUCGAGCAGUCAUACCUAGAGGCGCACCCGCAGCGAAUCACGUAUAAGAGCAUAUCAAAAGUACUGGAAUACCUUUGUUCGAAAUCGUAUGAUCUGCUUACCACCGUUGUUGGCCACGGCGACGCGGCGACAUUCUACGCUUGUGACUAUUCGAAUAACACGCUGAAUCUGUACUACCCGAGCUCCGGCGAAGAAUGCUUGCAGAUGUUGCUUGACUUCCUCCGUAGAAUUUUGCAGCCGCUCAGAUUUUUGUUUGAACGAUGCAGCGUCGCAGACAAGAACUACGGAUGGGCCGACUGUCACUACGGCAGGGACGUACCUACAACCAAAUCGCACUGCAACAACAAACCAACGGAAGAAGUAACGUGCAUACCAAAUUGUCAACCAAACUGCGAACCAAAAUGCCAACCAACAUCGCCAUUGAUGAACUACCUAAGUGACUCUCUACUCGGCUACCUGCCACACAGAUUGGAGUCUGUUGGAUGCAAAUCUAAAUGCUCCACCUGCCCCUCCACUUCUAGGCUGGGAAUGCCGUGCGUCACACCGCUGGGUUUCAGAGCGUUUUCUGGGUCGACCAAAACAGGCCGUCAGCUACGUGAGAUGAUUCGCGAAUUCUUAGGUAGUGGCGUGGUUUCAUCAUUAUUCGGCUUGUCACCAACUCCGCCGAAGACGCUGCCGGAGCAUUUCAGUUUCGGGUUAAGCUUGGUUAAUAAGUGGGUCAAAGUUGCAUCUUAUAUUACUGAUGCAGGUAGAAAACCAGUAUCACAAACUAAGAUUGAAGCAUCUAUUCAGAGACUCUCCAUUAAGCUCUACACUGACACGGGUAAGCUUACCAAUGUACUUCGUGACGCUUACGGCAACAGUCAGCAUGAGCACGAAGGCGUGAAUCAUCUCGAUGUCUAUGCCGAUGUAUCCAGCUUAUGCAUGACUAACAGUUGCACCGACAGGGUUAUGCGCUGUGCUCCCUAUCUAUCCACACUGUGUUCGGACACGUAUGAAUACCUUGUUCAUAAGAACUUUGCCACGUACCUCACAUGGGCUGUCUAUCUGCCGUGGGAUUUCUGGACUCAACUCAACAAUUUGUGUAACGCAUUCAAGAAUAUUUCCUGCCAAGACUGGGGCUGUCAUACGUGUCUGCGUGCUGACAAAUGUAAGCGUGGACAGCAUGGCCUCGUUGAGCAGAAAGAAGGUGAGCCUGCAAAGCCUCAUUGCAAGUGUGAAUCGAUGGUACAGUGCAAGGGUGUAUCCGCAACACUGUACCAGUUCGGUUUCUGUUUUGGUAACGCGGCAACAUUAAAUAAUGAGACAUCGGCUAAAUCAUGUUCUGAUUUCUGCUCUCAGCUGGACAGAGUGUUGAAAUCGGAGUAUUUUGUUAAGCUAUUCACGGAAUGUGACAACUUCAUUUGGACCAUCAGAGAACCGUUCACCUACAUGGUCCUCGCACUCUGGUCACUAUCCCUCCUGUACCUCCUUUGCGUAAUGGUUGGCAGACUGGAUGUGCUCCACAUCCGCUCACACCUGAGAUCACCAUCAUCGCACAAGAUAACGGCGCAGUCAUUGUUGGCUGCAGCGCAAGUCGGAAGGCUUGCCAAGAUAUCGUACCUGCAACCGUAA